GUCCGGCGGCCCGCGGGCUUGCGCUGCCCCGGCCCCUGCGGUGGAUCCUCACCCGUGGGUGUGUGCGUUGUGACGGCUGUGCCGUGAGAGAUACAAAGAAUGGAGUCAAAACCCUCAAGAAUUCCUCGAAGGAUAUCUGUUCAGGCCUCCAGCUCUCCUCUAGGAUCUAGAACAUUCACUGGAAAUAGUUUAGGUGGUGCGUAUAGCGCAAGAGAAUCUUCACAGAGAGUAGAAUCUGGAUACCAGGAAUCCAGUGUACUGAAUAGUUCCAGUAGAGACUGGGGAAUUGGAGCAAGAGACACCCAUGAGACUCCUUGGAAGCUUACAACGUCCUCUCCGACUCGCUACUCAGGGACACUUGAUCAUCCCCAUUCUGGAAGAUUUUUGGGAAGCAGAAGCAGAUUGUCUACGUCAUCUUCCUCUCAUUUUACCUCUGGGUGUUAUGGUGAGUCUGAGAGAACUCAGGGAGCCUAUUCAAGACUGCAUAGCCAUCAGCGAGAUAGUGAUUCAAAGAGACCUAAGCUAUCUUGUACAUCUACCUCUUCUGUGAGAAGUAAUGGCUUGACUGCCUUUCCAGAUUCCUCUUGGAGGUACAGUAGGAUUCCUAGAUCUUCAUCGGUGAUGCUUGGCUCCCUUGGAACUGAGCUGGUGAGAGAGCGAAGAGAGUUAGAAAGAAGAACAGAUCUAUCUGUUAAUAAUCUAUCCGUGGAUCACAGCUACAGAAACAGUGACUUUUCAACUCCAACAUAUCUUCAAGACAGGCCUGCCUCUUCAUAUGCAGAGGGAGCGAGACCAAAAGAGAACUCGUUAAGCACUUUGAGGCUGAAUGCAUCCAUGAACCGCCAGUUGCCUUCUGAUCAUCAGCCAUCUUUUUUCAACAGAGACACUAACAUGAGCUCUUCAAGAUCCAGUUUUUCUUCGAGGCAAAGGAGAAGUGAAUUGGAGUCUCCCCAGAGGAGCGUGCAGCCAGCAUUUUCUCUUACUGCCAUUAGAGAUGAAACUCCUUCUUCAAGUGGUUCUGAAAGGGUUUUGUCUUCUCAGAGGUCGUUGAAUGAGCCUGCAGGUGACAGCGAAGGGCGACGCACAACCAGACAGCUGCUUUCUCGUUUAGCAUCCAGUAUGUCAUCUACCUUUUUCUCUCGAAGGUCUAGCCAAGACUCAUUGCAUGCAAGAUCAUUAGGCUCUGAAGAGUCAACAGUGGUCCCGAGAGCUCAAGCCUCUACUCUGUCAAGCAGUAAUGGAGCUGCAACUCCGGAAGUUCCAGGAUUUCAGACAUCUGAAGCUUCUCAGGGAUUUAGUUUUCUUAGACGAAGGUGGGGUUUAUCUGGCGUUUCACAGAAUCAUAACUCUGAUUCAGAAGGGGAAAGUUACAGACCAGACUCUGAAAGUAGGAGCACGGGAUCCUGGUUAUCAUCAUCUUUGAGGAACAGAUGUACACCUCUCUUUUCCAGAAGAAGAAGAGAAGGAAGAGAUGAAUCCACACGGAUCUCUACCUCUGAUACAACUGCUAGAUCACAACAUAUCUUCAGAAGAAGAGAGUCAGGUGAGGAGACCUCUCUUGAAGCAUCAGAUAGCCCUCCUCGGGCUUCUGUUAGCAGACCACCAACACCUGCAGUAUCUGGUAUUCCUACAGCUACUGCCUCCCCACCAGAUUCAGCCCACAGUAGGAGAAGUUCUGGAAUUCUGCCUGGUUCUCUCUUUCGCUUUGCAGUGCCUCCAACAUUAGGAAGCAAUUUGUCUGACAAUCUUAUGAUAACUGUAGAUAUUAUUCCCUCUGGCUGGAAUCACUCUGAUGGACAAGAAAAUAGCAAGUCUAGAAUACCACCAUCAAGAGAUCCAGAAAGACUCCAGAAAAUCAAAGAGAGCCUGCUUUUAGAAGAUUCUGAAGACGAAGAGGGUGACCUAUGCAGAAUCUGUCAGAUGUCAUCUUCAAGUUCUGACAACCUUUUAAUAGAGCCAUGCAAAUGCACUGGAAGUCUGCAGUAUGUUCACCAGGAGUGCAUGAAAAAAUGGCUGCAGUCCAAGAUUAAUUCAGGUUCUUCUUUGGAAGCAGUAACAACUUGUGAACUGUGCAAGGAGAAGUUGCAUCUGAAUCUGGAAGACUUUGACAUUCAUGAGCUCUAUAGGGCACAUGCAAAUGAACAAGCGGACUAUGAAUUUAUCAGCUCUGGGCUCUACCUUGUAGUGUUGUUACACUUAUGUGAGCAGCGCUUCUCUGAUAUGCUGGGAACUGCAAGCGAGGCCAGCACACGUGUCAGACUUCUGAGGAUGACUCUGAAGACUGAUGCCGGUAGAACUUUGAUACUGCAAGAGAAAAAAGGAAUUGCUGCAGAAAUGCUGAACUGGCAAGACCAACAUCAGCGUACAUUUUGUUUUUUCCUCUCCUUAGUAACAGGCUCAUUGAGUAUUACCGUAGUUUUGAAAGCGUUGAGUUAAAAAUCAGCUGCUGCACAGUGGAACUCAGUGGACAUGAGAACUACUCAGCACGUGUGGAGAUUAGAGACAUAAAGCAACUUCCCUUUUUAAGUGAUGAGGGUGAGGUGCUUUGUUUUGGAAGAGAUUUGAGUAUUUAACGAAGCUGUAUCUCCCGUUUACGUUCCUUCUUACUGUAGUCAGAUUCCUGGUUUUGUCUAUUGACUUUUGCUCCUCUACAGGCACUAAGUGGUUAUAGUGGGUUUCAGGGC